UCGCGUUCGCGGAUGUCGUAUGGUAUUAAUUAUUAAACCUAUCAUAAUUGUGUUUUAUAGAUUAAAUUCAUCUUUUGAAUAGAUUUAGUUUUCGGAAAGAAACAUGUCAUUCUCUAGAAAAUAUUUCAAAAGAAUCCCGAUUCAUAUAGUAGAAGAUCAUGAUGAGGUUCUACCAUUCAUUUAUCGAUGUCUGGGAUCGAAACAUCUUCCGUUUGAAGGAAAUGCAUUUGUGCAUUUAGAUUCACAUCCUGAUAUGCUUAUACCGAAAACAAUGUUGGCAAACACCGUAUGGGAUAAAAAUCAAUUAUUUAGUGAAAUUAGCAUCGAAAAUUGGAUAUUACCCGCUGCGUACGCCGGUCAUUUUAAGCACUUGAUCUGGGUCAAACCACCGUGGGCAAAUCAGAUAGCUGAUGGCGUGACAAGCUUUUUCAUCGGCAAACAUAAGGACAAUGGAUCAAUAAGACUCACGUGCCCCGAGCCCUAUUUCGUCAGCGAGGGUCUCUACACCGCUCUCGAGGAAUUGGAGAACACACGUGAGAUCUUUCUACACGUGAUGACCAUUGGCAGUUUCAUCGAGGAUCCAGCGAAGAAAGAUGAUUUUCUUGCGGUUAGCUCUGUUUUACGUCAAUAUCUGCCUGAGAAAGAUACACCGUACAUUUUAGACAUCGAUCUGGAUUUCUUCAGCACCAAGAAUCCUUUCAAAAACCUGUACGAUCGCGUAAAUCUCUACGAUAAACUUGCAACUCUCUACGCUUUUCGUCGGCCCGAUUCAACGGAUCAAGAGGUGCUGAGGGAGGUUACAGCCGCGAGGAACGAGCAGCUCACCGAGUUGGAAAACCUCUUCGGCCAUUUGGACGAGCACAGAAGCCUGCAGGGUUACGAGGGCGAGAGAUCGGCGCGAUACGAGGCUGUAGAACUGAUCUAUCGAGAGUUGACCAGAGUUUACAAGCAAUCGGAAAUAGAUUGGAAAAUGAUACACGAUGCAGGAUGCACCAGAGACGAUACAGAUUUGCCAGACCAUGUCACUAAACCGAACGAUCUCAAUCGAUUGAUCAGCGGAACGUUUAGAUCCUUUUUGGCUGCCUUGCCUGCUCCUCCCACGAUUGUAACGAUUGCGAGAUCCAGUCAAGACGAAUAUUGUCCGUCAGAGAACGUGGAUCAAAUUCAGAUUGAAGUGCUCGAGGAACUUCGCCAACAUCUGGGGGAGAUCGACGUCCAAUUGGCCUAUCUAAAGGAGGAAACCCAUUAACCAUUAAAAAAUAUAAACACACCACCCUUUCUCCUUCCCCCGAGAUAUAC